AUGAAUGAAGAAACAUUAAAAAAUUUUUUUCAUUUAAAAGAAGUAAAUGAUAAAUUCAUAAUAGAUUUAAACACAAGAAAAAAACAAUUUUCUUAUAAUGAAUUAUAUAUCGAAAUAGAAAAAUUACUAAAUUUUUUUGAAAGCAUAGGUAUAAAGUAUGGAGAAGAGAUUUCUAUCAUUUUAUAUAAUAGUAUUGAAUUUGUUCUAACAUUUUUAAGCAUAAACUUUAAUGGUAAUAUUUGCUUGCCUUUAAAUACCAAUUUGAAAAAAGAAGAAUAUAAAAAGUUUAUUGUGAAUAAUUGCAAGUAUAUAAUUAUACAUGAUUAUGAUGAAAAUGAUGAAAAUUAUUAUGACAUUAAAAAAAAGCAUAGCUAUUUCAAAAAUGUUUGUGAAUAUAUAAAAGAGAUUUCUGAAGAAUAUCAUAUUGGUUUGAUAAAAAUAAAAAAAAAUAAAAAUAAUCCAUACUUUACCUACUCAUAUAUUUCAAAUGAAAAAAAAAUAAUAAAUAAUAAAGAGUAUUUUAAAAGAAAAGAUCUUGAUAAUAUAAAUUAUGAAAAAAAAGAUGUUUGUCUACAUUUGCACACAUCAGGAACUACGAGUAAAGUAAAAAUAGUUCAAUUAACAAAUAAUAAUAUAAAAACAACUAUAAAAAAUAUUCUGAAUUCUUAUAAUAUAAAUAAAGAUGAUAACACAAUAGUAAUAAUGCCAUUAUAUCAUGUUCAUGGAUUAAUUGGUGUGUUAUUACCCAUUUUAUUUUCAAAAGGAAAUAUCUUAUUUCAAAAAGGUCAUUCAUUUAGUGCUUCUGAAUUUUGGUCAAAUAUAGUGGAAUAUAAUAUAACGUAUUUUUCUGCAAUACCAACAAUAUUAAAAAUAUUAUUAAUUCGUUAUAAUAAUGAUUAUUUUUUAAAAGAAAGUAAUAAUAGGAAUAAGAUAAAGCACAAAUUAAGAUUUAUUAGGACUUCUAGCUCUUAUUUAGAAGAAAAGGUAGAAAAAGAAAUAGAAGAGAAAUUUGAAACUACUGUUUUACAAGCAUAUGGAAUGACUGAAGCUUGCCAUCAAGUUAGUUCAAACAAAUUUAUAAAUCAUAUAAAUAACAGAGAAAUUCAUAAAAAAUAUAAAAGUGUUGGAAUACCAAAUGUAGGAGUUAUAAUAUAUGAUGAAAAGAAAAAAAGAAUAUGUAACUAUAAUGAAUUAGGAGAAAUAUGUAUCAAUGGAAAAAAUAUUAUGUAUGGCUAUAAAGAAAAAAGAGAUAAUGAAAAUAUAUUUAUAUAUGUAAAUACUAUACAAGAAAAAAAAGAUUACAUGAUAAAUAAUAAAUUCUUAGAAGUUUCGGAAAGCGUUUCUUUUUUUAAAACGGGGGAUAUUGGCUAUAUAGACAAGGAAAAUUUUCUUUUUAUUUGUGGUAGAAUUAAGGAUAUAAUAAAUAGAGGAGGAGAAAAAAUACUUCCUAAUGAGAUUGAUGACGUUUUAAAAAAUAAUCAUUUAGUAAGGGACUGUUUAACUUUUUCAUCAAAAGAUGAUGUAUAUGGAGAAAUUAUUAAUACAGCCGUUAUUUUAAACGAGAAUAACAUUUUUAAUAAUGAAAAUUAUGAUAGUUUAGUUGAUAUUAAUAAUGGACAAAAUAUUCCCAUAAAUAAUUAUAUUAAAAGUAAAAAUAAAAAAAAUAUUGAUACUGCAGAAGAUAAUUUAGAUGAUAAAUAUGAUGUUAAAGAAUCCAUAAACUUAAAUUUAACUUAUUACAAAUAUGAAGAGACAUUAAAAAAUUAUAUGAAAACUUAUUUGGCAGAUUUUAAAAUUCCAAAAAAUAUAUAUUUUGUUAAUAAUUUUCAAAAAACGCCUACAGGGAAAAUUUCUCGAAAAAAUAUUUCUGAAUGUGUAGAAGAACUAAAAAAAACAGAAAUAAAUAUCUUUGAUAUAAUCGCUUUAAUUUUUAAAAAAUAUGAAAUAGAUUAUAUAUAUGGUUUAUAUGGAUUGCCAAUAAAUAAAAUAAUUUACAGUUUUAUUAAAAAUAACAUUUACUUUGUAAGUUUCAGAAAUGAAAUAAAUGCCGCUUUAAGCUGUAAUUAUGUAAACUUUUUUGAUUUAGAUAAAAAAAAAAAAAAAGUAGGAAUUUUAUUAACAUGUUCAGGUCCAGCAUUUAUAAAUACGUUAAGUGGCUUAUAUAAUGCAAAAAUUAAUAAUUUUCCAAUGAUAUUAAUAUGUUUCGAAAAUUUUAUAGAUGAUAAAUUAAGUUUAUUUGAAAAAUACUAUAACUUUCAAUAUUUUCCUCAUCUAGAAUUUUUAAAAAAAGCAAAAGAGAUAUGUUAUGAAUGCUUUCAUGUAGAUUCAUUGGAGUCUUUUACGUCACAAUUUUAUAACUGCAUAAGUACCUCUAUUAAAAAUAAGUCACCAGUGUAUUUAAAUAUUGAUUACAAGUUAAUUGAAAAAAAGAUACCAGUUGAGAGAGCUAGUGAAAUACUAAAAUUAAAUGAUAAUUAUACAUUAACAUACUUCGAUUAUAAAUCAUAUAUAUCUUCAUUUAAUGAGGAGAAAAUAUUAUUUAAAAAGUUAGUUGAUCAUUUUUGUAGAAUAUAUCAUUCUAAUAAAAAAGGAGUUAUCUUUUUAGGUAUUAAUUGCCAUUAUGGUAUAAAAUAUGUUUUAAAAAUAUCAAAACUUUUAAAAUUACCUAUAUAUACAAAUACUUUAGCAAAAUCUUUUAUUAAAGAAAACUAUAUAUAUAAUGCCAAUCAGUGUAAAUCAUAUCUUUUCAAAAAUAUUGAUUUUUGUUUUGCUAUUGGUUCAGUUUUUAAUUUUUAUUUUAAUUUUGGAAAAUUUGAGAAUUGUAAAGAGGAAAAUAUGUUGUGUAUUGAUUUAAAUAAUGAUACAUACGAAGAAAAUAAAAUAUCAAUUUCUCAUUAUUUUUUUUAUGAUUUAUAUUUUGUUUUGAAAAAAUUAUAUUUUGCUAUAAAGAAUGUCAUUGUCGUAGAUAUUAACUUACGGGAAAAAUGGAUUACAAAUUUAAAUGAAGCAAAAAAAAAGAGUAUAGAAAAAUUAUCUUUUUCAAUAGUAAAAUAUUUAGAAGAUGAAAAAUUUACAAUGGAACAAGCAUUACUUAUUAUCAGACACAUAUUGAUUAAUUAUUUUUUUUUUAUAAAUGAUAUUUCUCCUACAUAUAAAAAGUAUUUCAUUAACUAUUUAAGGCAUGUUGACAUUAAAAAUAUGGAAGAUUUUAUUAAUUUUGUGGAUGAAAAAAAUAAUGAACAUAAAAUUGUUAACAAUGUAAGCAAAGAUAAUAAUAUAAAUUCUUUAGAAAUAGACAAUGAAGUUCCUGAAAGUGAUUGUGAUCUAAGUGAUAGCAGUUUAGAUGAUGAAGAUUAUGGAAAAAAAAAAAAAAAAAAAAAUUAUAAAUUUUUAAAUAAAGAAAUAAAAAAUAGAUUAAUAAUUACCAAUGAAGGAUCAAUAACCUUAUUAUUAGGGAUAUUAUAUUUACCGAAUUUUGGACCAUUUAAUUAUGUUAUACCUCAAAUAAAUGGCAUGAUGGGAAUAUCAAUGAAUGCAUGUAUUACAUCAGCAUUAAAUAAUCCUAAUAAUAUAACUUUUUCUAUUUUAGGAGAUUCAUCUUUUGGAUUUUCUUCAAAUGAAAUUGAAACAAUUUGUAGAUUAAAACUAAAGAUUGUUUUAAUAAUUUUUAAUAAUAAUGGAAUAUAUGGUAACAGAGAAUAUCAAACAGAAAAAACAAACAUUGAUGAUACUGAUUUCUAUAUGCAAAACCCCUCUUCCUUAUACUUUCAUAGUAAAUAUGAGAAUUAUAUAGUUUCACAUGGUGGAUAUGGCUAUUAUGUUGAUAAUAGAAAGGAAUUUAUUAAACAAAUGAAACAUAUAACAAGUAAUGAUUUUAAUAAUUUUCCAGUUUUACUAAAUGUAAUUAUUGAAGAUACAGGAUUCGUAAAUUUUCAUAUAGACAAAUAUAUACAAUAA